AUGGGAAGGUAUCUUCAUGGAGUUUUGUGUGCGUUUGUUUUCACAUUUGCUCUUUUACAUAAUGUUCAAGCGCAGGAUGAAAAAGGAUUCAUCACUUUGGAUUGUGGUCUGUUACCUGAUGGCUCUCCGUAUGUCGAUUCAUCUACCGGAUUAACAUUCACCUCCGAUGCUAGUUUUGUCGAGAGUGGAAAGAACGGUCGAGUCGAUAAAGAUUCUGUGAGAAUUGUUGAAAAGGCGCUUGUAACGCUGAGAUACUUUCCGGAUGGAGAACGGAAUUGUUAUAACUUGAAGGUCACGCAAGGAACAAAUUACCUGAUUAGGGCUUUCUUCCUUUAUGGAAAUUACGACGGUUUUAAUACUAACCCAAACUUUGAUCUGUUUCUUGGCCCUAAUAAGUGGACAACGGUAGAUUUGGAUGCUACCGCAGGUGUUAAGUACGAGGAGAUUAUCCACAUGUCUAGGUUAAGCUCAUUGCAGAUCUGUCUUGUUAAGACGGGAACAACUACGCCGAUGAUAUCAACCUUGGAGCUACGACCACUGAGAAGUGAUAUUUACAUAAGUAGCACUGGGAGCUCCUUGAAGUUAUUAUCCAGAAGUUAUGCUAACAGUUCAAGCCGCAUUUUACGGUACCCUGAUGAUGUCUAUGACCGUUGGUGGCUCCCGUUGGUAGAUACGAAGUGGAAUGUAGUAACUACAACUCUUAGUGUAAACACCUCUAAUGGUUAUGAUCCACCGCAAGGUGCAAUGACAUCGGCUGCAACCUAUGUAAAUGAUAAUGGAAGAUUGGAUAUUCCUUGGAGCUUAGAGGAUUCUACAGCACGGUUUCACAUUUACCUUCACUUUGCAGAGAUUCAAACUUUGUUAGCCAAUGAGACAAGAGAGUUUAAUGUUUUGCUGAAUGGAAAAGUUUUUAAUGGACCUUAUAGUCCUAAAAAGUUAAAAAUUGACACUAUGAUCACCAAGCCUGAAUCUACAUUGAGAUGCGAAAGAGGGAUUUGCCUUUUGCAGCUGGUGAAAACAACAAAAUCAACUCUUCCUCCUCUCAUCAAUGCUAUGGAAACUUUUACUGUUGUUGAGUUUCCUCAAUCAGAAACAAACCAAGAUGAAGUGAUUGCUAUCAAGAAGAUCCAAAGUGCUUAUGGAUUGAGUAGAAUUAGUUGGCAAGGAGAUCCAUGUGUCCCCAAGAAGUUCUUGUGGGCUGGUCUAAACUGUAACAACACUGAUAGUUCCACUCCACCAACAAUCACUUCCUUAAACUUGUCUUCAAGUGGAUUGACUGAUAUCAUCAUGCCUGCCAUUCUUCAUCUAACCAAUCUACAAGAACUGGACUUGUCCAAUAAUAACUUGACCGGUGCUGUGCCUGGGUUUCUAGCUGAUAUGAAAUCGCUCUUGGUCAUAAACUUGAGUGGAAACAAUCUUAGUGGCCAACUUCCUCAAAAGCUUCUAGAAAAGAAAGGAUUGAAGCUGAAUACUGAAGGCAACCCUAAGCUUCUUUGCACAGAAGGGUCGUGUGAAAAUAAAUCUAGAGAAAGUGGACAUCCCAAAAAGAGUAUAGUUGUACCAGUUGUUGCAUCAGUUGCUUCACUGUUUGUUGUUGCAACUGCAUUGGUUCUGUUUUUUGUUCUCAAGAGGAAAAAAUCAUCAAAGACUAAAGAAAGUGGUAGAACACCAAGAUCAUCCGAGCCACCAAUCAUAACGAAAAAGAAAAAGUUUACUUACGAAGAGGUUACUGAAAUGACAAAUAACUUUGAAAGGAUUCUUGGGAAAGGAGGUUUCGGUAUGGUUUAUCAUGGAUAUGUCAAUGGUAAAGAACCAGUUGCUGUUAAGGUUGUCUCUCAAGCUUCAAAUCAUGGACACAAACAGUUCAAGGCAGAGGUUGAUCUUCUUCUCAGAGUACAUCACAAGAAUUUGGUAAGCCUAGUUGGAUAUUGUGAAAAAGGGAAUGACUUGGCUCUCGUCUACGAAUACAUGGCCAAUGGAGAUUUGAAAGAGAUUUUGUCAGGAUUGGAGUAUUUGCAUAAAGGAUGCAGACCACCAAUAGUGCACAGAGAUGUAAAAACAGCAAAUAUAUUGUUGAACGAACACUUCCAAGCCAAACUUGCGGAUUUCGGGCUCUCGAGAUCUUUCUCAAACGAAGGAGAAAGUCAUGUCUCCACAGUUGUUGCGGGAACUCUUGGUUACCUUGAUCCAGACUAUUACAAUACAAACUGGUUGACAGAAAAGAGUGAUGUGUAUAGUUUUGGGGUCGUUUUAUUGGAGAUCAUAACAAAUCUGCCGGUGAUUGACCAGAGUCGUGAAACACCAUACAUAGCAGAAUGGGUGGGAUUAAUGGUUACCAAAGGAGACAUUAGAAACAUCACAGAUCCAAGUCUUAAUGGUGAUUACCACUCUGAUUCUGUUUGGAGAUUUGUUGAGCUAGCAAUGACUUGUGUCAAUGCUUCUUCAGCGAGUAGACCAACCAUGUCUCAAGUUGUUGUUGAGCUAAUACAGUGUUUAACAUUUGAGAACUCGAGAGGAGGAACGAGUCGUGACUUGGACUCCAAAAGUUCCCGACAAGUGUCCAUGACCUUUGGUACUGACGUGAACCCCACGGCUCGCUGA